AUGGAGAAAUCUUCCUUUAAAGGAGGAGUAAAUAACCAUACUACCGGUAGUGGUAAAUCUGAUACUAUGGCCUUUUUAGCCAACCAAUUACGCCGCAAACAUGCUGACUGUACCAUUAUUGUAAUUACUGACCGCAAUGAACUUGACCGACAAAUUUACGAACGCUUUCGCGAAUAUGAAGGCACCUUUUUCACCCUUGGAGAUUUAGUUAUUAUCGAAGAUAUUAAUAAAUUAAAAAAGUCCUUAGAAAAAGAACCUAAUCAGGGAAAAAUAAUUUUUGCUCUGGUUCAGAAAUUUCAGGAUUUAGUGGACUUAAAAGAAAAUAAAAUAACUUUUGAAAAUAAAGCGGGAGUUUUUGUUUUCAUUGAUGAGGCUCAUCGCUCGCAAAAUUUAAUUGUUGAUGCCGAAAACAAAAAAGUAAGCUUCACCGCUACUCCCAUUGAAGGAAAAACUUAUGAAGAAAUUGGUCCUCCUAUUCACACUUAUUCCGCCAACCAAGCCAUCCAAAAUGAAAUAAUUGUGAAUAUAAUUUAUGAAGAAGCCUACAAAUUUUUACCAGAAACGCAUUGA